AUGCUUCAAAGCCUUAUUAAGAACGUUUGGAUCCCCAUGAUGCCCUACUAUACCCAAGUUUACCAGGAGAUUUGGGUAGGUAUGGGGUUGAUGGGCUUCAUCUUUUAUAAAAUCAGGAGUGCUGAUGAAAGAAGUAAAGCCUUGAAAGCUUCUGGUCCUGUGCCUGCUCAUGGUCAUCAUUAACCAGCUUUCUUUGAAUGGGAUGUUGGUCUGUCUAUGUUGUAG